AUGAAUAAUGAACGAUUUUCGCAUACAGCAUCCGUAUUACCAAAUGGAAAAGUGUUAGUUAUUGGUGGAGAAUAUGAUGUUGGCUUUGACCUAAAUGCUACUGAAUUGUAUGAUCCAUCAAUGGAAACUUGGUCAAUAACUGGUAGUAUGAGUAAUGCACGAUUUGCGCACACAGCAUCCAUAUUAACAAAUGGAAAAGUGUUAGUUACUGGUGGCCGGAAUGGUCGUUCAGCUAUAAAUAGUACUGAACUGUAUGAUCCAUCAACAGGAAUUUGGACAGCGGCUGCCAGUAUGAAUAAUGCACGACAGUGGCACACAGCAUCCAUAUUAAAAAAUGGAAACGUGUUAGUUACUGGUGGAUUGUAUGCUGGUACUGCUCUAGAGAGUGCUGAGUUGUAUGAUCCGUCAACAGGAACUUGGACACUGACUGACAGUAUGUAUCAUCAUCGAUAUCGACACACAGCGUCCGUAUUAACAAAUGGGAAAGUUUUAGUUACUGGUGGAUUGGCAGGUGAUUAUUUUUUUUUCUAUGGUGCUGUAUUAUAUGAUCCAUCAACAGGAAAUUGGACAAUGGCUGAUAGUAUGCGUGCUGCACGAGAACGGCACACAGCAUCUGUAUUAUUAAAUGGAAAAGUGUUAGUUACUGGUGGAUGGAAUGGUAGUGUUGCUCUCAAUACUGUUGAAUUGUAUGAUCCAUCAACAGAUAUUUGGAGAAUGACUGGUAGUAUGAAUAUUGGACGAUUUUCGCAUACAGCAUCCGUAUUACCAAAUGGAAAAGUGUUAGUUACUGGUGGAUAUGAUGCUUUUUCUGCUAUGAAUAGUACUGAAUUGUAUGAUCCAUCAACAGGAACUUGGCAAAUGACUAGUCAUAUGAAUUAUGCACGAGGAAGUCACUCAGCAUCCGUAUUAAAAAAUGGAAACGUGUUUGUUGCUGGUGGGCUUGAUAGUAUUGGUCUAAAUACUUCAGAAUUAUAUGAAUCAUCUCAAAUAAAUCAAUAA